CCCGUUCUGUUCUUUUUGAUAAUAAAUGUGGAGUCUGAUUUCAUUUGCCUCAGCGUGGUGCCAUGGAGCCCCGACAAGCGGUGCCCUUGCAGGCCGAGCAGAAUUUUGUCAGAGAUGCCAAGCAGAAUGUGGCCGAGCUCUCUCUGUGGACGGUGGUGGCUGCUAUCCAAGCCAUAGAGCGGAAGGUGGAUUCUCACGCCACGCGGCUGCUGAACCUGGAGCGAAGGAUGGUGACAAACGAGAAGAAGUAUGUGGACUGUGAGAACACGGUGGUGGACUUUGGGAACCAGAUGGAGUGCAAGCUGAAUGCUUUGGGCACCCUGAUCCAGGAGUACGGGCUGCUGCAGAGGAGGCUGGAGAACAUGGAGAACCUGCUGAAGAAUCGCAAUUUCUGGAUCCUGAGGCUCCCCCCGGGUUCUAAAGGGGAAACUCCCAAGGUGCCGGUGACUUUUCAGGACAACUCGGUCUACUUCUCCGAGCAGGAAUGGGGCAAUCUGGAGGAGUGGCAGAAGGAACUCUACAAGAAUGUCAUGAAGAGCAAUUACGAGUCGCUGGUCUCUCUGGAUUAUGCAAUUGCCAAGCCUGACCUUCUGUCCCGGAUUGAGCAAGGGGAGCCUCCCUGUGAAGAGGAGGCGGAGGUCUCUAAGGAGAAGGAGAUUUCUGCAGAACCCAGCCCAGAAGCAUUGGUUUUUAGGCCUGGCUUGGCCUGUCCUAGUGAAGGAGGAGAAAAUGUUCACAUGGGAGAACAGAGGGAGGUGGAAGGAAGGGCACGUCCAAGUGACUCCAGCACAGACUGUGGGGCUGCCGAGUCGUCCUUUGGCUCCCAAGUGAAGCAGGAUCAAGAGCUGAACCUCGAGGGCCCCGCGGUCUCUGAAGAAGGCAAGCGACCCCUCAAGCCCAGCCUGGCCCUCCCAACGGACAAGGAACUUGCGAUCAAAACGGAGCCAGAGAGGGAGCCAGAAAUCUUUGAGCCAUGGAUGCUAAUAGGAAUGUCCGGCGAGAGCAACUUCCGAGGCACGGAUGCUCCCGACGACACUUCCCUUGGCUCCCAGACGUGGCCGGGGAGCCCUGCAGGAGAGCGGGGAGGUGUCAGCGCUGGCAAAGCCAGCAUGGAGGAGUGGCAGAAACCUGUGGAGGUGAGGCCGUAUGCAUGCCCAGACUGCGGGAAGCGCUUCCGGUUCCAAAUUGGCCUCCUGAACCACCAGAGGAGCCACGGUGGCCUUCCGGCCCAACGGUAUUGCAUGUCUUUGGCCCAGGGGAACCAGAGCCCCACUGUGCACGGGCUCAGCUCCCCACCAGAGGAAGGGAAGGGGGAGCUCCCUCCCGGCCCAGGGGAGGAGAAGGUGUGGGGCUGCCCGUGGUGCCAGCAACGCUUCCGGCUCCAGGUCAACCUGCUGGUCCACCAAAGCAGCCACCAGGAGGCCGCGGCGGAGCUGGACAGCGCGGAGCGGCUGGCCUGCGGCUUCUGCCCCCGGCGCUUCGCCCGCUCCGACCACCUGCUGCGCCACCAGAUGAGCCACACGGGCCACCGGCCCCACCAGUGCCCGGCAUGCGAGAAGAGCUUCGUGGACAAGAGCAAGCUGACGAACCACUACAGGACCCACACGGGUGAGCGCCCCUUCCGCUGCUCCGCCUGCGGCAAGCGCUUCAUCCGCCGGCACCACCUGGUCAAGCACCAGCGGACCCACACCCGGGAGAGGCCCCACCAGUGCCCUGUCUGCCUGAAGGGCUUCAUGCAGAAGCACCACCUCCAGAAGCACAUCCGGACGCAUCCGGGGGAGAAGCCCUACCGCUGCAGCCGCUGCCCCAAGGCCUUCUCCUGCAGGCAGCUGCUCCAGCAGCAUGGCUGCGGCUCCGCGCAGGGGGAGCCGGAGCGGGCUGUGGGUGCCGGUUCUUCCUGCUGA